AAACUUGUUUCGCUAACUAGUCUGUACAUGGGUCUGGCUGCCAUCCCCAAUACAUUUGCUUGAAGUAUCUCUCAAGGGAGACCUUAAGAGAUGGGACUUGAUGUUCAGUAUUAACCAGUUUCUUUCUCAAGUACAUUUUAAAGAAUUUUUCUAGCUUCACAUGGAUCAUUUAUUGCACUUCCUUGUGGUACCUUACUGGGAAAGAAGAAAAAGCUGUAACUGUGGAUUACCGUAUCUAAGGAACUAUUGUUACUGUUGUGUUUUCCUAAAGGAUUUGUAAGGGCAACCUAAAAGGAAUUUUAGGAAAGUCUAAAUGACUGGUUGAGGAAGUAUAGCUAGAAAUAUAUUGGUUUCUAUCAGACAUAAUCCAGAAAAGAGGGAUCCUCUCAGUUUAUUCAACAAAGCAGACUCGUUUUGGAGGCUUCUGUCUCUCAUCUGAGGCUUCACUGAAUAGAAGAUGAAACUGUCACUCAGGUGAAAGUGGAGGAUUGGGGUCUGCCAGUGAGGAUACCUGGUGUUAACUUGUGAUAUGCCGUGGUGGUGUUUGUGGUGCUUCUGCCCUCCCUGUCUGUCUGAAGAUGACAAAGCAGCACUGGCUAUUAACAGAGAGAUUAACAGGGUGCUUAAAUUUCACAAGAGUCGCGAUCGGAGAGAGUUAAAACUCCUACUUCUAGGAACUGGAGAGAGUGGAAAGAGCACAUUUAUAAAGCAGAUGCGAAUCAUCCAUGGAACCGGGUUCUCAGUAGAAGAUCGCAAAGUGUACGCAAUACUCGUGCAUCAGAACAUAGUUACCUGUGCUCAGUAUUUGGUGGGAGCUAUGGAAACCCUACAAGUGCCUUAUACCUUGCAAGGAAACAUGAUGAAUGGGAAGCUGAUCAAAAGUUUGGAUGUAUAUAAUGUAAAGCAAAUAGAAAAACAUCAUGUUGCCGCCAUAAAGAAAUUAUGGAACGAUCCCGGUGUUCGCAAGUGUUAUGAGAAAAGAAGAGAAUUUCACCUGCUUGACUCUGCUUACUACUACUUGACCAAUCUGGAACGGAUCACAGAAGAUGGAUAUCUACCAACUAAUGAAGACAUCGUAAGAGUCAGGAUGCCAACUACAGGAAUCAAUGAGUAUUGUUUCUCUGUGGAUAAUGUUACUCUUAGGAUGGUGGAUGUAGGGGGGCAGAAAUCUGAGCGCAAGAAGUGGAUCCACUGCUUUGAAAAUGUGAAUGCUCUCAUUUACCUGGCAUCUCUCAGUGAAUAUGACCAACAGCUAGAAGAGAAGAAAGAUGAGAAUCGUAUGAAAGAGAGCUUGGCACUCUUCAAGCAAAUAAUGGCGCUUCCUUGGUUUAAAGAGACUCCUAUUAUCCUUUUCCUCAACAAGACUGACUUGCUGGCUGAGAAGAUCUAUAUGUCUGAUUUGGCUACAUACUUCCCCAAGUUCAAAGGGCCUCGUCGGGAUGCUCAAGCUGCUACACAGUAUAUCAGGGAUUACUACAAAGAUAUCUUUAGUAAAACAAAACCACAGGAUCUAUCAGAAAAGGAUAAGAAAGAUGCAGAGCGUACACUUUAUAUCCACGAGACCUGCGCUACGGAAACUAAAAACAUCCAAAGAGUGUUUGAAACCACAAGAGAAGACGUACUCCGAAAAUAUCUUAAAGAGUUUGGAAUUGUAUGACCGUCAUUGCCAAAAAUCCUAAUUUGCUUCUUUAUUUAUCUGCCACUUGCACAAACAUAGAGGAAUUGUAUCUUGGACAUUGGUGCACCUCCUUUCAAGUAUUUACCUAUUUGAAUAGUUAGCAUGCACAGAAAUUGACAGAAGACAGAUGGGCUUGGCUGACCAUUGGGUCAAAUCUCAUGAUCAAUAUGGCUUCCUUGCACGAUGGAUUGUUUUAUGAAAGAUAAACGAGCCAUGUCACAGCUGUGUGUGGAUCCAAAAGACAGCUUUCUGAACAAGCUUCCAUCUCUAUAAAGCUGUAACUUCAUUACAAUUGUGUAUCCUAUUACAUAAAAAUCUAUGUGAAAAGAUAGACUAAAGCCCAGUACAAUCAGCCAGUACAGUAGAAACCGGCCGACAUUCCGCUCGUGUGUAUAGGCCCUUGUCCAACAGAAGCCAAUCCGGCUUCUGUCGGACAAGCAUGCUGGAAGAAUAGCAGCCAAUGGCUGCAAGCGCUGACCCGUGUGUUCAAACAGUAGCACAGUGGGGAGAUCGCUGUACUAACAUUGCAUAGAUAGUACAGCAAACUCCUCAGUUCUUUUUUUCGUUCAGCUCGCUGGGUUGAAUG